GGUGGGGCGACGGGGCCGGUUGCUCCGGAAGUGGAGGGAGGGGGUGAAAAUGGCGCCCAGCUCGAAAUCGGAGCGGAACAGCGGGGCCGGGAGCGGCGGCGGAGGCGGCGGAGGCCUUGGAGGGAAGCGGGCCGGAGGGCGGCGGCGGGAACAUGUCCUCAAGCAGCUGGAACGUGUCAGGAUUAGCGGGCAGCUCUCCCCUCGGCUCUUCCGUAAGCUACCACCCCGUGUCUGCGUAUCCUUAAAGAGCAUUGUGGAUGAAGAUUUCCUUUGUGCAGGGCACAUCUUCCUGGGCUUUUCCAAGUGUGGCCGCUAUGUCCUCUCCUAUACAAGCAACAGUGGCGAUGAUGACUUCUCCUUCUAUAUCUACCACCUGUAUUGGUGGGAAUUCAACGUCCACAGCAAGCUGAAGCUGGUGAGGCAGGUGCGGCUCUUCCAGGAUGAAGAGAUUUAUAGUGACCUGUAUCUGACUGUUUGCGAGUGGCCCAGUGACUCUUCCAAAGUCAUCGUCUUUGGCUUCAACACCCGGUCAGCCAAUGGGAUUCUAAUGAACAUGAUGAUGAUGAGUGAUGAGAACCACCGGGACAUCUACAUUAGCACUGUGGCUAUGCCACCCAGAGACCGCUGCCCUAGCUGCCGAGAUGCCAGCCUUGCCCAUCCUGGAGACCCUAGUGCCCAUUGCCUGAGACACGGGUUCAUGCUGCAUACCAAGUACCAGGUGGUCUAUCCCUUCCCCACCUUCCAGCCAGCCUUCCAGCUCAAAAAGGACCAGGUGGUGUUGCUCAACACCAGUUACUCCCUGGUGGCCUGUGCAGUCUCUGUCUGCUCAGCAGGUGACAGCAGUUUCUGCCAAAUCCUCUAUGACCGAACCACCCAUCCGCCAGCCCCACCUGACCCUCCUGGGCCCCCGAGCCGAGAGGAUCCCCCUGUGUCCAGAGGACCCUGUCCAGAGGCCACCCCUGCUCGCCCUCCAGAGCCCUCACCAGCUGUUGCCAAAGCCAAGGAAUUUGUGGCUGACAUUUUCCGGAGGGCCAAGGAGGCAAAGGGUGGUGCUGUGGAGGAGGCCCGACAGCCCCCCUGCCUGGGGGCCUCGGGCAGCCGCUGUCGUCUGCCCUGUGAGGCCCCACCCCUGGACAGGGAGUCAGGACCCCGGGACAGUCCUCCUGACACAGUGCCCCCCAUUGCAGAGCCGGGUUAUGUCAACUACACCAAGCUCCAUUAUGUUCUGGAGCCUGGGGACUGGGCUGAACCAGAGGAUGGGUUUGAAGAUGACAAAAUCUCCCUUCCGUUUGUGGUGACCGAUCUCCGGGGCAGGAAUCUACGGCCUAUGAGAGAGCGGGCAGUUUUCCAGGGCCAGUACCUGACAGUGGAACAGCUGACGCUCGACUUUGAGUAUGUCAUUAAUGAAGUCAUCCGAAAUGAUGCCACUUGGAGCCACCAGUUCUGCUCGUUCAGUGACUAUGACAUCGUCAUUUUGGAGGUCUGUCCUGAAACCAACCAGGUCCUCAUCAACAUUGGCCUGCUGCUCCUGGCCUUCCCUUCCCCCAAUGAGGAGGCCCAGCUCCGACCAAAGACCUAUCAUACCAGCUUGAAGGUGGCCUGGGACCUGAACACAGGUAUCUUCGUUACGGUCAGCGUGGGUGAUCUCACUGAGGUCAAAGGGCAGACCAGCGGUAGUGUCUGGAGCUCCUAUCGAAAGAGUUGUGUGGACAUGGUGAUGAAGUGGCUUGUGCCCGAGAACAGUGGCCGUUAUGUCAACAGGAUGACCAAUGAGGCACUGCACAAAGGUGGGGCUCAGGCAGUCUCAACCACCCAGCGUUCUCUUCCUCUGCUUGCUUGGCCUGUCGGUCUUCUUAUCUGGCUUUGACUUCUGAGGGCGCAGAGGCCCCCACCUAAAAACCUGCCCUUCCCCUCAUAUAAAGGCCCUGCUCAUUCAAGUAUCAAUCAUUGAUCUGUAACUGCAACACUAGGACUGUGCCUAGGACAUGUUGUCCCAACUCCAGAUAGAAUGGAACUAGAGAAGGCCCCCAAGCUAACGGCAGCAAAGAUAGAAGGGGGCCGCUGGAGGAGUAGGGAAUGGGCAGAGAGGGACAGACUAAAGAGGACUCCAGUCUGGAAUGGGAAGACUGGAGGGGGAAAAGAGAUUUUGGAGGGCACAGACGGAGUGACCUUCAAUGAAUCUGGUCACCAGAUCCCAAAAUUAAUAGGGUAAGGAGCCUUUAUGUUUUUACACUAUGAGAUGAUAUUAGGACAAAAGGCUGCCCUACUCCUGUGAUAGGAAUUCACUUUAUGGGGACUUGGGACCUCCCAGAGGUGUCUGUCAGUGACACAAAGCAGAGAUGGGUUCAUAAAGGUUUGGCUACAUUGAUAGUGUGUAUCAUAUCCUUUAUCCUAGAAGUAGCACUGGAUUUAAAUGCUGGCUCUUUUGUUUACUGUCUGACCUCGAGCACGUCAUUUAACCUCUGGGCCUCAGUAGAACGGCCCCUCCACCUCUUAAAGUCCUGUGAUCUUUCCUGUGUGAUUUUGGCCAAGUGUCUUCUCUCUGUGCUUUAGUUUCCUCUGUCAAGUAAGGGGGUUGGAUUGGAUGUUCUGAGGGCCAUUCCAGCUUAACUCCUUCGAGCCUAUAAACAAGAGGCAGAAAGGGUGCCCAGAAGAAGUUGGGAUGUACUUGUCUUGUGUGUGUGUGUAUGUGUGUGUGUCCCACCCCCUCCAGGCUGCUCCCUGAAGGUCCUGGCUGACAACGAGCGGUACACAUGGAUUGUGCUGUGAGGAGCCCGGGGGCUCUGGCACCCACUGCUCUGGACACUGACUCGAUACUACCUCCUCGUUUUGGGUUGGAUUUUGUUGUUACUUGGGGGCUUCUUGUUUCUCCCAUCCUGUCCCCUAGUAUUAGGUUGGGAGGUGGGGGGGCGGGGGGGGGGAGGGAAGGCUCUGGCUCUGGAAGGCCUCCCCCCCUCCCCCCUUGGAAGGUGGGCUAGGCUGGGGGAAGGUAAGGUAAGGCCCCCCAGGAGCCCUGGAGCCCAGAUCCCUUUUAUUUAUGCCUAUUUAAGUGGGGGCAGGGGAGGGACCCCUGGGGAUUAAGUGGCCAGGGCUACCUAGGUUGCUGAGUUCCUUGGCAAAGAGAGCCCUGUCAGCCCCGGGCACAGGGAAGAGGGCCAAGAGAAGCUUCAAGAGACUCAGCUUCUCCCCACCCCCUCCUCCCUUCCAGGCCAGGGCCUUUGGUUUCAUGUAUAUUCUAAAAGUUUUCUUGGCUGCCAGUUGUGGAUGCCAGUUCCUUGAGAGGUCAAGUUAACUGACCCCUCUCCCUGCCCCCUCCCCCCCAUUCAUGUAAUAAAUGUUUUAAUUUCUGA